AUGCACAACCAAGCCGAGCUGUACAAUACUACGACGUUUGAAUCCUCAAACGAAGCAAUUCUGUCGUCGGUCACCGCAAGCACUAUCGAGAGAGACGACGACGACGGCGACGACCGUGCAAAAGAAGAAGGCGGACCGUGGCCGAUGAGCGACGAGACUUCAAAUCCGCAUUGUGGAACGAUCCUAGAAAACGAAGGACGUACAAGCAUUCCGCAAGUCGAACCCACCGUCGAGGCACUUAUCAGGAUCGAAAAGACACUCUCAAGGCUCACUUCGUCGAUAUCCUCCUUGGCCAUUUCGGCAUCUUCUGAGAAGCAGGCCUGUGACGAAGAACAGAGUCAGGACCAGGGUCAGGGUCAGGGCCAAGUUCAGGACCAAACUCAAGAUCAAGAGCAGGAUCAACGCGAAGACCCGUAUCGUUGGUUGAACGUGAUCCUCGAAAAGAUUGAGCAGGUCAAGCAGGCGUUGAUCGCGGUCGAGGCACAACCCUUCGACAAGCAUACGAAACCGGCGAUCGACUUUGAUGCAAAUGCUGAUGCUAGUCCGAACGUGGAACGGGAGAGGAUGCAGGCGGAGGUAAGGGCGAAGCCACAGGCGCAAGGAACAGAUCCAGAGCUGCUGAUGGCGUGGUGCAGGAGCCAUAAUCGGUACGAUUACACGAGGGCGCUUUGUGAGUUGAUGGCCAAGCUGAAAGCAGAGGAGGUUGAGGAGCGAAGGUUCUUGAGAGGCGUGAGCAAGAUUCAGAAACGGGGAGGCGCCGUCUAAAAGAAGAGUUCAUGGGGAAGGAGGACUUUAGUGGUGGACGUAGGUUUGAAGGAAGGGGAGGAAGGAAGGGGAGGAAGGAAGGAAGGAUUGAAUGAAAGAAUGAAAGAGAAAAAAGAAAUGCAGGCCCAUUUAAUUCCGCGUUGGAGAAAGCAAAGUGGAG